CCGCCGAGGAGGAGGAACAUGGCGAAAGCGGAGCAGGUCCUCAGCCUCGAACCGCAGCACGAGCUCAAAUUCAAAGGUCCUUUCACAGAUGUUGUCACUACAAACCUGAAACUUGGCAAUCCUACAGACAGAAAUGUGUGCUUCAAAGUUAAGACCACAGCACCACGUAGAUAUUGUGUAAGGCCUAACAGUGGAAUUAUCGAUGCAGGAACAUCAAUUAAUGUUUCUGUGAUGCUACAGCCUUUUGACUAUGACCCUAAUGAGAAAAGUAAACACAAGUUUAUGGUUCAGUCUAUGUUUGCUCCAGCUGAUACUUCAGAUAUGGAAGCAGUAUGGAAAGAAGCCAAACCAGAAGAACUCAUGGAUUCGAAACUUAGGUGUGUGUUUGAGCUGCCAGCGGAAAACGAUAAGCCUCAUGACAUAGAAAUAAAUAAAAUUGUAUCCACAACUGCAACAAAGACAGAUUCCUCUGUAAUGUCUAAGUCAUUAAGUUCUUCUUUGGAUGAUGCUGAAGUUAAGAAAGUAAUGGAAGACUAUAAGAGGCUUCAAGUAGAAGUUCAGAGGUUACGGGAGGAGAAUAAACAGUUUAAGGAGGAAGAUGGACUGCGGAUGAGGAAGGCACCCCAGACAAACAACCCAAUAUCUGCUUCUGCAGCUGCUGUCAAGGAUGAAGGGCUCAGCUCCAGACUACUUGCUUUGGUGGUUUUGUUCUUUGUCUUUGGUGUAAUUAUAGGAAAAAUAGCCUUGUAGAGGCAGCAUGCUGGAAAUUGUAAAUUGGUUUGAUGGUUCUGCCAUAUCAUUGGAUUAAAUUUAUUCAUAACAAUGUUUAAAAAAGAAAACCAACAAUUAAUGUAUGACAUCUCACAGGUCUUGCCUUUAAAUUACCCCUGCACAAAUACUAUGUAACAUAAUCUAGAAAGUUUAAAAUGUACAAUGAGUCAAUGAAUGAAAGAGAAUGUGCUUCAGUGAUGAAGGUGGGGAGAAAAUGAUUUAACACUACAAUGGAAUAUUGUAUAUGUCAUUUUAAACAUUCUUAGACCCUGGUACAUGUUGCUGGAAUACCUCUUAAAAAAAAAAAAAAAAGGAAAGAAAAAAAGGGAAAGAAAAAAAAGGAAAAAGGAAAGACAAAAAUAGAACAAAUGAUUCCUCCACUGCUGGAGCUGGCCCAAUUGGAUGUUUGGAGCUGGGUUAGGCAGGAGGUGUUGAUAACUUCUGUAAAAUAAUGUUAAUCCACCAUUCUGCUCAUAAAUUUAACAGUUUCUGUCAGUGUCUUCAACUCUGUGCAAGUUACCAAUUUCUUGGCACUUAAAUGACUAGUGAGAAGCUGAAAAGAAUUGUAUGUGGCAAUGCUGAAUGUGCUAGGCAUCAUGAAGAGGCAUAUAUUGACUGGUAUGACACUCAUUUGGAAUAAAGGUCAAUGCCUUGUUCUCAAAGGGACCAAGCUACAUUGCUGUUGGUUCAUUUAGUUGAAUUAAAAUGUUAUUCAGAGGUGUUUAAUGCAUAUUUAACUUAUUUAAUGUAUUUCAUCUCAUGUUUCCUAAUUGUCACAAAAUUGACUAAUACUAUAUGAUAUGAAAAGGCACCUGUUUAAAGCCAGUGGCUAGAACUAAAAAUCAGCUGCUGUAGUGACACGAGAUUCUUCUGCCUCCUGGUGUUUUGGGCACUACACAAUUGUUGGAGUUUCAAUCAUCUAAGCAUUGGAGAAACAGUGGUCAGGAACCUGAAUUUGUAUGUAAAUAAGUCUAUCUAGGGGAGAACAAUAUUAGUAGUAAACUAGUUCUAUGCCGUAAAAGGCCAAUCCUGUUUGACU